AUGGCAAGCCAGAGACCACCAUCGGCCAGACCUGUGAGUCGUGGGUCACUCGUGCCUGGUACCGCGAGACCCCCAACCGCUAUAAGACCUCCACAGACAGCAAUCAGAGUCGGUACAGGGAUGGUUCCGGGGACGAGCCGUCCAGGCACGAGAGGAGGUCCGAUCGCCACCCCGGGUGUUCUGUCUGCGCAGAUCAAAGUAGCCGAUAGACCAGUGACUCAGCAGGGUCUUAGUGGCAUGAGGACCGGCAUGAAGGGACCUCAGAGACAGAUUCUGGAUAAAUCGUACUACCUUGGGUUACUCAGGAGUAAGAUAAAUGAACUCACAAUUGAGUCCAGCAAGUUACAAAAGGAGAUUGAACUGUUCAACCAGGAGAAUUCUGUUUACCUCUCCUAUGAGAAAAGAGCUGGGGCACUGGCAGAUGAAAUAAAGGACCUGCAGGGACAGCUCGCAGAUCAUAACAUGCUUGUGGACAAACUGAACACUCACACUGAGAUGGAUGAAGUGGUGAAUGACAUCAACGUGCUGAAGGCACAGAAUGACAGAGAAGCCCAGAGUAUGGACGUCAUAUUCACAGAGAGAAGAGAGAAGGAGGAGAUGCUCAGAGCGGUGGAGGAUGAAAUUGAGCGAGUAAAACAGGCCACCGAUGACAUUGUCAAACAAAUGUCACCUGAGAUGCGAGCCAAGUACACAGAGAUGAAGUCCUCCAAUGAGACCCUUCUACAGGAGCUUGACGCCCGUCAGGAAGAGCUGGACUCCCUGAUUACACGGAAGGAGGCAUAUGAGGCAGAGCUAGCUCACUCCCAGGUGAAACAGGAGGCUGUGUUGUUGCAUGAGCAGCUGCAGGAGCUGGAGCAGCGUAGGGAGGCCCUGUUGGCAGAGGACAAAAGCAUGGGCUCCCCUCAGGAGGAGAGAGAGCGUCUGCUCAAUCAGGUGAAAGAAGACAAUCGAGAGAUAGCAAGCAUGGAACGACAACUGACAGAAAUGCGAGAGAAGAUCAGUCAGAUCACCCUGGAGAUUCGACAGCUUGACAACGACAUGGAGGAACAUCAAGGGGAGAGAACACAGAAGUACAAGGAGCUGAAGAAGAGAGAGGAGGAGAUAGACAAUUUCCUAGAGAUGUUUGAGGAGACCAAAGCUCAAGAGAUAGAGCGCAAUCAACAAACCCAGGCCAGUAUAGUGGCUCUGCUGGAUCAUUCGAGUAGGAAUAUGAAUCGCCUGAAACAACUGUCUUCAGUGUCUGUGCAGGAGCUCAGAACUAUGCAGGCAGACUUGAGCUUCAAAGAGAAUGAGAUGCACAAGUCUCAAAGCACAGCAAAAAGCCUGACAUCAGAGAGUGACCGUCUGCAGGAGGACCUGGUGAAGGUGGAGCAGUUGGAGAGUAAGAUCACCUCAGAGCUGAACAGCCUCAAAACCAAAAUCCAACAGAUGAGUGAGGAGCUGGUGACUUAUGGAGACCUGGACUCUCUGAAGACAGCUGCAGAGGAGAGGAAGAAGAGGCUGCAGGAGGACAGGGUGAUCCUCAGUCAGAGGAGAGACACAUUCAGGAAGAUAACACAGAAACUGAACGAGGAGUAUGAGACACUGAGGACUCAGUUACAGGAGAAUGAAACCCAUGCCCAGCUCACCAAUCUGGAGAGGAAAUGGCAGCACCAUGAACAGAACAACUACGUGAUGAAAGAAUUCAUUGCCUCUAAGAGCAUGGAGAGUGACUAUCACCCUGUGAUGAAGAACGUCACCAAACAACUCGCUGACUACAAUAAGAUCCUCAUAGACAUGCUGCAGGGCAGCCGCAACUGA